UCGGGGCCGGAGCGGAGCCGCUGCUGCGGGAGAGGAGCAUCCGGCGGGAGGGCGCCGCCACCGGAGCCGCACCGCGCGGCCCACGCGCAGCCCCGGGACAUGGCGCGGCCGGCGGGGCCGGGGGACGGGCGGCCGGCCGCCUGAGCGGGACUCGGGAUGCGCUCCGACGGCGCGGCCCCCGGGCCGGUGGCGCCGCUGUGCGGGCUGAGCCUGGUGCUCGGCGCGCUGCUGGGCGGAGGGACCGAGGGCCGCGGGGCCCCGGUCGCCGGCCCCGGGUUCUCCUCGCCGCCGCCCUACCUGCCCGUGAGCCUCCGCGUGCUCGGGGCGGACGCCGCCUUCCUGCUGAGGGGGGCGCCCCCGGACCCCGCGCCCAACGCCAGCAUGCAGGCCCGCCUGGAGUCCUUCUUCGCCUACCGCGCCCGGCGGCCCCCGCUCCUGCGCGCCAGCCUCGGGCCCUUCUCCGCGGAGAGGGCGCUGCCCCUGGGCCCGGCCUCGGCCUCGACCUUGACCCCUGGAGGCCCCAGCGACACGGCCCCGCUGGGCUGGCGGCUGCGCGCCCACGUCCUGCAGGACAAGGUCUACCCGGGCCGGCCGGUGGCGCAGGUCCUGUUCCAGGUGCUGGGCCGGGACUGGGCGGAGCCGGAGCCCUCGGACCCGGAGCCGCUGCCCUGCCUGCGGGCCUUCGCCUUCCGGGAGGCGCUUGAGGUGCGGGCCGGCUGCCGGCCGCGGGGCGCGCUGGCGCUGUGCGUGGCGGAGCUGCGGCUGCCGCCCGGCUGGUUCGGGGCCCCGGCCGCGGGGCCCGGGCGGCGGCGGGCGGCGGGCCCGGAGGGGGGCAGCCCGGUGGAGCUGUACUACGCGGUGCACGCGGCGGACGGCGGGCCCGGGGGCUGCGCCGGCGGCGGCGGCGGCGGCGGCGGCCUUAAGACAGGCAACUCCAUCCGCGCCGGGAGGGACGGCCGGGGGCACGGCCCGGAGGACCCGGCGCCCGCCCUGCGCAGGGCCGGCACCGUCCGCCUCUUCCGCGCCCCGGACCGCGGCGACCGGCUCCGCGAGCUGCGCCUGGACGGCCACGUGGCCGUGUGGCUGCCCGUCCGGCCGGCCAAGCCCGGGGGCGUGGUCACCGCCUCCGUCACCGUGGCCGGCAACUCCACCGUGGACCGCUUCUCCCUGAGAGCCAGGGUGAAGAAGGGGGUGACGGUGCUGGGCGCGCGGCCCAGCGAGCCCGGCCAGUGGGCGGUGCGGCAGGAGCGGGCGGCCGGUGGUGAGCUCGGCACCGGCACCGGCACCGGCACCGGCACCGGCACCGGCACCGGCACCAGCACCAGCACCGUGGUCUGCCAGCGCGUGGCGCCCGGCAACAGGAGCAGCAGCGCCGCGUUCCGCGAGGUGGCGCAGCUGAGCCUGGAGGUGGCCCGAGGCCUGUCGGGCCCGCAGCCCGUGGCCUGGCAGCUGGAGUACCCGGGCGCCGGCGCGGCGGGCAGCGCCCUGUCCCAGAUCUUCGUCAGCCCGCGGGACCUGGCGGGCAUCGUGCCGCUGGCCACGGACACGGAGCUGCUGAACACGGCUGUGCUCACGGGGCAGCCGGUCGCCCUGCCCGUCCGGGUCGUGUCCGUGGAGGAGAGCGGCGCCAUCACCGACGUCUCCGAGGCCGUGGAGUGCCGGGCCGCCGACCGGGCCGUCCUCAGGGUGUCCGACCGCUGCGACCAGGUCUUCGUCAGCGGGCGGGAGGUGAAGGGCCAGGUGGACGCCGUGGUGACCUUCGCCUACCAGCACCUGAGCGCGCCCCUGCACCUCACCGUGUGGGCGCCCCGCCUGCCGCUGCACAUCGAGGUCUCGGACCCCGAGCUCAACCAGAUCAAGGGCUGGCGGGUGCCCGUCGCGGACAGUAAGAGGCCCACGCCCGCCCGGGAGGAGCCGGAGGAGGACGAGGAGGCGAGGCGGGGCCGGGGCUGCGCCCUGCAGUACCAGCGCGCCUCCGUGCGCGUGCUCACCCGCUUCCUGGCCGAGGCCUCGGGGCCCUGGGCCCCGCCCCGCCUGCUGCUCGGCCCUGACUGGCAGGUGGACGUCACCCCCCUGGUGGCCGCCUCCGUGAAGGUGGAGGUGCCGCGCGUGGCCUCGCUGCUGGACGGCCGGGUGCUGGUCGGGCGGGAGCCCGGGAUGACCGCCAUCCAGGUUCUGUCCCCUCUGUCCGACUCCAUCCUGGGCGAGAAGACGGUGACCGUGUCCGAGGACAGAGUGUCGCUGACGGACCUGGCCGUCCAGCUGGUGGCCGGGCUGUCGGUUAGCCUGCACCCCAGCCCGGAGAACCCCCAGGUGGUCACCGCCGUGGCCCAGGCGGACGAGCUGCUGCGGGCCCCCAAGCAGGAAGCCGUGGUCAGCACGUGGCUGCGGUUCAGCGACGGCUCGGUGUCGCCGCUGGACGUGUACGACCGCCGGGACUUCGCUCUGAGCGCCGCCUCCCUGGACGAGGCCGUGGUGUCCGCGCCCCCGGCCCGCGCCCCGGGGUGGCCGGCGGUGGCGGCCGCGGGGGAGGGCCAGGGCCCGCUGGUGCGCGUGGACCUCAGCAUCGCGGGCACCUGCCAGAAGUCCCGGCGCCGCAGCGUCCUGGCCAGCGGCGUGGGCGGCGUCAGGGUCCGGUUCGGCCCGAAGGACGCGGAGGAGGACGCGGAGGGCGAGACCGGGAACCGCGCCAGCGGCCGGCGGCCCCAGGGCGCGGAGGCGGCGGAGCGCGGGGGCCCGGAGGCGCGAGAGGAGGGCGCGGCGCGCCGGGGCGGCCCCACGGCCGGGCCGCGGCUGCACCCCCAGGCGGCGAGGAGCAGCCGGACGGAUGGGGCGCGGCCGCCCGCCUCGGGGCAGGCGCACCGCAUCCCCCUGGACCCGAGCCGCUUCCCCGCGCAGGAGGCGCCGGUGGCGGCCGGGGCGGGGGCGGCGGGCGGCGGCCCGGCCCCCGGGGGGCCCCGCGGCCUCAGCGACCUGGAGAUCGGCAUGUACGCGCUGCUGGCAGCCUUCUGCCUGGCCAUCCUGGUCUUCCUGGCCAACUGCGCCGCCUUCGCGCUCCGGUUCCGGCGGCACAAGCAGCUGCCCCCCGAAGGCGCCGCCUCCUCCGGGGGAACCGCCGGGGGAACCCACUCCCACGACUGGGUGUGGCUGGGCCGCGCGGCGGAGCUGCUGGAUGGCGCCGGCCGGGGGUCCCCUCCUGUGCCCCUGCCACCAGCUCCGCCCUUACCGGCCCCCCAGGGGCCCCCGCGCGGCGAGGACCCCAGCCGCCUCCUGCGGACCGGGGGCGGCUCCCCGAGGCGGGCCCAGGGCCAGGCGCCCCGCGCCGCUGCCCCCCAGGGGGGCAGGCCGGGCCCGGACCCCCGGCCGGAGCCCCCGCCCUCGCCCAGCUCCGGGCGGAGGAAGGUCCAGUUCGCCAGCUUCCCCGGCGUUUCCCCCGAGACCGCCUCCCCCUCCGCCCCCAGCGGCCCCGAGGACGCCCCGUGGGUGUGCCCGGACAGGGGCCUGGGCGCCCCCCGCGAGCUGAGGACCCACCUGGACCCGUUCCGGGACGCCGUGUAGGACCCUCUGGCCAAGGGCCCGGGCCCGGCCCGCACCUCGUCCCCGGA